ACUUGGAGAACAGAGUGGAGGUUUUUGUCCCCUAGCUACGGCGCCUGUCCCUCGGUCCGAGAAGCACACACGCAUAGUCAGCGCCGCCCAGACCGACUGGCUUUGUUCGGAACGCGGGAGAUGUGGUUGGUGCAGCCAUUGGGCGUUGCGGCUGGCAAGGAAACGCGGGUGGUGGAUGGAGAUUUGGGAGGGUGGAUGCAGGGUGCAGGAUGGAGGAAGGAUGGUGUUGAGGAGCAGUGGUGGCCGGAUCUGUGCCGGACCUGUGCCGGAUCUGUGCCCUCUGGUCUGGGGGGGAGGGGGAGGGGAGGGUGAGGGUGAGGGUGCGAGGCAAGCCCGACACUGAUGAGGCUGAUGAGGCUCUCAGUGCCCAAGCAAUGAGCGGCACGAGUUGGCCUCUGGUUACGCCGUCGGGCUCCCGAGUGACGCGCCCGCGCAAAGAAUGGCACUCUCAACCAAACGCGCCCCCGUGAUGCAAGCUUGACAUGUCGGUGGCUGGCCCGUGGCGGACGAUGCACGGCGACGUCUCGGGCGAUGACUUGCUUGGUGCAGGUGGCAGUGGCAGUCUCCGGCUGGCUUGCGUGACUGCUGAUCUCGUGCCAGUGACCUCCCUGCCGUUCUGCCACUUCACGACUCCAAGCCCGGAUUGCCUGUGCGCCUGUCCUCUGCACUAUUCCGCCAACAAAACCAGCUUUGUCUGCUACCGCUGCUUCUGCGAAACUCUUUGGACUCCCCUCCAGCUUCUGCCCGCCCCUACCCCGCCGACACCACCACAUCGACCCCCGCCUAUCGCCAGCAAGCCCCCCCCCCCUCCCCCCCAGCCCACCUCCCGCUAUCGAUUGUCCCGCGACCCAUAUCUGCUGAGACCCCCCUCCCCCGUGAACACCCAGCGAAGCCGCCGCGCCUUCACCCCGCCCGCCGAAGCCAAUCUCUCCACCCGCUGCAACUAGAAAAUACCAGAGUGUCACGGAGCCCCGAGGGCGGACGAGGUACUGAGACUCGCCGCCGCCAUGAGCAGCCCAAAGAGACGCAUCGAGACGGAUGUAGGUGUCCUGGACGAUCCUUGGUUGAGAUGAGCAUGCAUACUGACGGCUGCCUCUCUUUUCCGUGCAGGUCAUGAAGAUGUAGGUCAUUCCUAAAUGCGCAACUCGACUCCCGGAGCUGUUGACUGAUGCACACUAGGCUGAUGAGCGACUACGAAGUCACACUGGUAAACGACAACAGUAUGUCUUCAUUUGUCCCAUCUGUCAUUUGCUGUGGCGGCUAACUGUAUCCCUAGUGUCGGUCCCCUCGCUACCCGCUAGCCUCCCACUCUUACACCACGACUAACAUCUCC